AUGGCUUUCGCGCGGCAUCCCAUAUUUUAUCGUCUACCUACUGCAACACCUCAUCAUCUUCUACAAGGCGCCCAGUGGAGGACAGGCGACGCUUUGCGAGCUCAAUAUCACCGACACGACCAAUUCCAAAUAAUGAACAUCACACCAAGCCCCGCUCGCCUCCCCGUCGGCUACCAGGUACAUUUGAGUAUGGGUACACAUACGGAAGCAGUAGCUACAGACACGAUCAAGCGACAUUUCUUGGUACGCCUCGACUACACACUCGCUAUCAACCGGAUCAUUUCAGCUACAGCUGUAGUGAUAGUUAUAACGGCUGCUCAAAUCAUUCAUGGAACGGUGUUAGAAGAUGCUGUACUUUUCAGGAGAAAUGAGGUAAAGUUAACAGACAUGUUCCAGCAAGGUGGUACGCAAUGUUCACCGCAGCAUUCUUGUCUCCAGGUCCACGACACCCAAUUUGUGUUCUUCAUUUCUUGUACUUGGCCAACAUUCACUGUCAUAGAGGCUGUUGGACGGAUUAGACGACGAUAUAAUCGGGAUUUAACUGUUGCACUCGCAUUCGCCACAUAG